CUCGUUACAACUGAAAAUGCAAAAACAUCAAGUGUACUUCAUUAAUGUGUAACUUAACAAGCCACUAUAUCAUUUUGUCCAUGACAGUAAAACUGCUCCCCACAGUUCCUGCUCAUUGUUCCCUUAACACCGUUUCCUCUGGGAAAUGUUCAGCCUUGGGACUGGGACUGGACGAGGAUAAUUACUGGAAACCCUAAUGGGGGCAGGGGAAUGUGCUGGCUGUAAAUGCUCCUUUCUUUUGGCCUGAUUGGGCUGGUCUACUGCCCUUGUUGCUCCUUCAUUGGCUCAAGCCAACAUCAAUCUGUUCAUUUCCAGGUCCCCCUCAAGUUUGAAACUUUUUUUUUUACGAGUAGGAAUCGGGUUACAACAAACUCUUGUAACCGAUCUCACAGCAGCCGAGAGAAGAGAAAAAAACACUCUUUCAAUAAUUUACACAUCUGUGCUUGAUACACGGUAACAGAACAAAAAAGAGGCGUCGAGCCGAGGACGUGUUUUUAACGCACAAACAACCGGAGACGCAACAAAAAACAAGCCAGAGAAACAAAAACAUGCUGUAAAACAACUUUCGCUGCGUUGCCAGGAUGAAGACUUGAGGAGGUUUUGACUGGAGAGAUUAACUUGUCAUCUUGUUGGCUGACCACUCCUGUGUCCCACUGAGCUCAGAGAAAAAAGACUCGACUAUGGACUCCUUCAGCACUAAGAGCUUAGCCCUGCAGGCGCAGAAGAAGCUGAUGAGCAAGAUGGCCACCAAGAGCAUGGCCAACCUCUUCAUUGACGACACCAGCAGCGAAGUGCUGGACGAGCUGUACCGCGUCACUAAGGAGUACACCCGCAACCGCAAAGAGUCGCAGAAGAUCAUCAAGAACCUGAUCAAGAUGGUGGUGAAGCUGGGAGUGCUCUACAGGAACAACCAGUUCAGCAGUGAGGAGCUGAUCCUGGUGGAGACCUUCAGGAAGAAAGUCCACACUCUGGCCAUGACGGCGGUCAGCUUCCACCAGAUCGAGUUCACCUUUGACCGCCGGGUCAUGAGCGCCAUUUUGAACGAGUGCCGCGAACUGCUGCACCAGGCCAUCAAACGCCACCUGACAGCCAAAAGCCACUCGCGCGUCAACCACGUCUUCAAUCACUUCGCCGACUGUGACUUCCUGGCGGCUCUCUACGGGCCCUCGGAAGUUUAUCGUGCUCACCUGCAGAGGAUCUGUAACGGCGUCAACAAGAUGCUCGACGAGGGGAACCUCUGACCUCUGUUGGCCUCGUCAACAGGGACCUUUACCUCCAGUCACCCCUCAUGUAUCAUCUUGCAGAAUAUCUUUUUUUUUUUUUAUAGGUGACAAUCAUGAACAUUUCUUUUCAUUUGUUGGUUUGUGUUUGUGUGUGCUGUUCAAACAUUACUGUAACACUGAAAUUCUCUUGGCUAGUUAGUCCAAAGUCUGUUUCCUCUCAAAUUUUUUUUUUUUUCUUAUUUCACAGAAAACAAAACCCAGCAGAUGUUUUUUAAAUGAAUGUAAAACUUCAUGCUCUUAUCAGUAUAUUCAGAGGUAGGAGCCUUGACAACUGUGCCUUGAAAAAAAAACACAUUUUUAUCUUCAUUCCAAGGGCACAAUGCUCGCUCUCUCACUUAGUCAUAAAGACAUGAAUCCAGGCACAGGCCUUCAGUUAUAUCUCUGUGAGGUGCCUCUAAUGGACGAAAAUGGUUUUGGGAGUAACAGGAGAGGAAAGAAAGUGAAUUUCUGACUCUUUUUAAUACCCAAGGACAUAAAGAAGUGAUUUUUUUUGUUUGUUUCUUUUCUAAAAGUGGUAUUGCACUCAAUCCUGAACAAGCGCUGUACUGUACUUUCCUGCAAUAGUGAAACCAUGUGAAGCACAACAGUAAUCCUGCUUAGCUAGCAUUUACAGAUCUCACCAUCAUGCACUGAACUCCACUUUGUAGAGAGGCCAGGCUUUUGUUUAAGGAAACUAUAAACCCAGUUCUGCUUUUAAUAGUGUGGUUUAUAGCCACCACAACAAAGAUAAAGUAUUUGGGUCACAGGGGGACCAUAAACAUGCAGGAAUUUGAUUGUGCUGUGCAUUGUCUCUGCACUGACUCAAAUGUCUCACUGGCUGCAAGCUCGUGUGCUUUUAAAAGCGCUCGUAGAAAAACUUCAACUUUCUGUCUAUAAAUGUCAUAAUCACAGCAUGGGAGCGGUACAGUGUAGCACCAGGUGCAAAGGUUGCUCUGGCAUUUUAUCAGAGGGGAAUAAAGCCAGAGAAGCGGGCAAACUAGUAGUCAUAAUAGAUGUUGGGAGUUCAGUGUCAGCUGUGUUACAGAUUUAGCGGUGGUGCCUCCAGUCUAUCCAAAAAGCACUAAAACUCCAGUUUGAAUUCUGACAGAUCUGAACUAAAAAGACUCCCCUUGAGCAGCCAGAUGAAAGGCUGGACGAAAAGCUGCAGCCCCAUGUCUAUGAAAAAGGCCAGGCAGGGUGUAGAGAUUAGAGCAGAGACAAACACAGUACCUGAUUGUACUCUCCCACUGCAAUUAUAGCUCCCAGCUCUGGGGUGGUAUAAUGGCCCAAAGCCUGCCUCCAUCGAGCAGCUACUCCAUUUCACCGCACAGCAGCCUCAUGCAAUGUGAUGGAGAUAACCAUCUCCGUUUGCGGGAUUCAAGUCCUUUUUAAUGGAGUGAAAGAUGUUCUGUUUCUUCCUUAUAAAGGAGCGUAUGAAUAGUUACUACUAUCCUCACAUAAUAGCCAUCUUUCUUUUUUUUUUUUGUCUGUGUUUUUGUAUCACUGAGCCUGUCUGGGAGAUUGUUUUGUGCUGCGGCCUCAUUUUGUAUUCUGUGUGAGUGAGUGAGUGAGUGUGUGUGCGCGCGUGUGUGUGUUUGUGUUUGUGUGCGUAUCUGUGAGAGAAUUGGAAAUUGAGCCGUAUAAUAAGCGCUGUGCUUUUCCAGAUAGGAUUGCUGAAACUUUAACUUCAUCCACAGCAGCUCUGCCAAAGACAAGAAGUCUGAUGUUACUCAAAAUGCAGCCUUUUUUCCCAGAGAAACAUUUCAGAAAACCGUAUGCACUUGAUAACUAAUAAAUAACCCUGAUAAUGAUGAAGACAAAGGUGGUGGCUGUUGUGGGUUCAGUCCUUUUUCUUUUUUUCUUUUUUUUUUUUUAUUAAUUCACCUGAGUAUAUUCUCGUUUGUUAGACCCAUUUUGUUCUGACUUGGGAGGCUAUAAAAGCGAAUCCUUUUAUAGCCUGAGCAGUUGACUUUAAUUAUCUUUAGAUGCCUUUUUCUCCACUCCCCUCACAUCUCAGGGUUCUCCCUCAGUUUAAAAUCCAUGUAAGAUAGAAAGAUUAGGAACCUUUGCAACAGCCCCGCUUAUUUUACUAAAGCUCUCAAUGACGCAUUCUUCUCUUGUUGCCUUUUCACUCUUGUGAAUUGUGAAAUGUUUUUAUUUUCACUUGUGUACAUAUGAUUAUUUUUGUGUCUCUGUAUUGUAUCCAGGCACAAUGUAAUACAAUUUACUUUUUUAAAAGAAUA